ACUGAGAGACUGCACUUGGCUCCGUGGAACUAUAAAGGAUCUUUCUUCCCAAUUCCUUCGCUUCCACCGACCGGUUCUCUUCUUCUCCUCCGGGAACUGCCAGUUCCUUGAACCUUAACCUUUCCAUACCUGCAAUAGAUUCACUAGACAAAUCGCCAUGGACGAUGGUUCGGAGCUUGUUAGACCUGCCCGAACAAAAUUCAAGAAUUCGAAUGAGGACGCUACUGGCUCUUCUUGGUCACAUUCUCCGGGCAAAAGAAAUACCAUUGACCAUACGUCCACUAAAUCUGCAUACAUUUCAUCACAAAUGACCAUAAGGGAUGGUUCGCAACUCGGAAGACCUGUUCUUGGAGAUCCUCUCCAGAUGCCUGGUUCACUCUGGGAGAGUAAGAAACAGCGAACAGGACAGUCCAAACGUGUUCCCACUCUUUUUUCACUCCUGCAGAACAGAAAAAACCGGAAACACUCAAACAGUGCUUAGUGGCAUGGACCGGCUGCAUCCUAGAUAUGAAUGGGCAUUUGGUGCUUUUGCUGAACUCAUCGACCAUACUUUCAAUGAGAUCUGUGAUGGAGCAGGAGCUACUACGUAUGCUAGAAUAGACGUGUUAACAAACAACAGUGAUAACAAAGGGGUGAUUUUGGUUGAGGACAAUGGUCCUGGGAUGGAUCCAUCAACAAUGCGGCAGUUUAUAUAUGAUGUAACUAGCUUCAAGGCUAGUUUGAUGAGACUUGGAAAAGAUGCAUUAAUUUUGUCUCGUAGCGGAAAGAAAGGGAGAAGCCCAACACAAAGUAUUGCAAUGCUUUCGAGCAGAGGAAAGGAAGACUUCAUUCCCUUGAUUGACUAUGAGGAAGAAGGACUGGAUUGGAUCAAGAUGAUAAGAUCAUCUCACAGCGAUUGGAACAGAAAUUUAUUGGCUAUAACACUGUGGUCUCCUUAUACAAGUGAAGCAGACCUUCUUAAUGAGGUGAUUCUUUUUCUCUCCUUCAUCUUUAAUAGUAAAUGGUCAUUUGGUUGGUCCAUUUUUCGUUAUCAUUUUCUUUCCUUUACGUCAUUCACCAGUGGAACUUUGAUAUAAAAUUCAUGUGAUCUGGGUCAUUAGUAAUUUGAUGGAUGUUGGUCUAAUGAAAUUAUUAAAAAUGACUUCAAUGCUAACAGUCAUCCCUAAGUCGGAGAUGUUGUGUUUUUAACGUUACAGCUAGAACUAGCUUCUACAGUAAGAUGGCUGUCCAUUAAUUCUUUCCGAAAUAGGUUGGAGGGUGGAUAUAAUUUUUCAGGUGGGAUCAUUGGUAACAUUUUCAGUAAUUUAUCAUAUAAUUCUUGAAAAUUUUUACAGUAGGACCUCUCAUAUUUAAUAAUCAUGGUGUGAAGAUUCAUUUAUUAUAAGAGAGUAUUAGUUAAGAAAUUGUGAAACCACAUUGGUUUUACAAAAAUAUUAUUACGUAUGAGACAUUAUAUGUUCACAAAAAAUGUUUUUGUUUUCUAAUUGCGUAACCAGAAACUUUUAUUUUCCUUUUCGAUAAUUGGAAAAAAGCCUAUAUGGUGUGGGGUGUGAAAAACUAUGUGGGGUUCUAUGAUUUAGGAAGGAAAUUUGUGUUGCAGUUAAGUUUUCAAUACAAUUCAGGAAUGAAAUUUCUUGUACAAGAGUUCUAUUUCGAUAAAAAAAGAAUUUAUAUUGACUUUUUUCCUUAUUUUUUCAUUAAAGUAUACUUCUUAAGCCUUGAAAAUGUAAAUCCUUAUUUGGUUUUUGAUGUUUUUUCUGUAGUUCAAAUAUUUUGUGUCGACAAUCAGCACAUUGCGUGAAUGGAUGCAUAGACAAUGGUUUUGCACCAUAAAAUUUUGUAGCAAUUUGGGAAAUUAAGAUAGUGUGAUCAUUUUUAAUGAAAGGAAGCAAAUACAAAAAUUUCAGCCAUACGUUGAUUGAACUAAGGAUGGCCUGUUUGAAUGAAUGUGAUUGUAGAUAGGCUUGCUAUUUUGUUUUAGUUAUGCUAUUCCCUAUAUUCA